AUGGUUGCGCCAGCUGUCCCCGAAAUCACGGAAGAGGUGCUUCACGAGUCCAUUGAUUCACGAACAGAAGUUCUUGCGGCGCUGCGAGAAUUAGGUCCUCCCGAUCUUGUCCAAUUAAUCAAACAAGCUCCAAGGAAUCCGGGCAAGCAGAUUGGAGUCUACCAUCAUGUCACUGGAGUCGAUGCUUCGUCCUCUGCAAGUCUUGCAGCUUAUAUCAACACCCUCACCUACAAGGAAAACCACGCCUCCACAACGAAGAUAGUCGAGGGCGUUUAUUGCUGUUACAAUGCAUUCUCAAGACUUGACAUGCGGGUGCACGUUACAAUUCCAGGCAGUGUGGACAGCUAUUGCAUAGACGAACGAGGGGAGAAAAGAACAGCUUCCGAUGAAUUGUGGUUAGAAACAUACCUCUGCAGUGUCUUGCGCGCAUAUUCAUACGCCGAUGAUGGAAGUGGGGACACAAUCAGGAAGAUUAUGGGCGUCAGAAGAUUCAAUCCAGUUACCAACACUGAAACUGAGCAUAGAUUCCUGCAAGCCGCGGAACAUCUGUUCUUCAGAGGUUGGCAACUCGGGUCAGAUUCUGUCGUCCAAGUACCAAACAAUGUCUCGAAUCAUCUCACUUCUGGUCUCCUCAAAUACUUCCAUACAACUGGCCGCUUUGCGUCAGGUAUCAACCUUUUCGAGAAGCUUCGGACGCGCAACGUUGAAGUCUCUUCUUUACUGGCGAAAGUCAUGUUCAUGGGCAACGAAGAGGUACAAGCAGUCAGAGUGCUUCACGAUUCAGUCAAGCAAUCACCCAUGGAUUAUGUUAUGCUUGACACACAAGCAGAUUUCUUGAUGAAGAAGGCCCUGAACCCGAAUGCACCAGACCUAAAACAAGAUCGACUCCGCAUGGCUCUGGGAUGCGCUGACCGAAGCACGGUCGCAGCACCAAGCGAGUUCGGUACCUGGGCGAGGCUAGCAGAAGUGUAUGUUGCGAUGGAAGACUGGGAGAAUGCUCUGACGACGUUGAAUUCUUGUCCAAUGUUCACAUACCAAGACAAGGACGCGCCUAUCAUGCCCGAGCCGAAAGAAGUUUACCUGCCAACUCUCCCAGAGACACGGCUGGACGAAAUCGACAGCGAGCCAGAAUCGAAGUACUCUGAGCAAGUGCAUCCAAGUCUGCUAAGCUUACGUGCUGCUCAGUACAAAGGUACAUUCAAGCAUGCGUACAGUAUACUGACCGAGAUGACCGCAAAGAUUGGCUGGGAUCAAUUGCUUAAGAUCAGGAGUAAUGUGUUUGUGAUGGAAGAAGAGUAUCGUAGCGAGAAGCAGCCACCCCAAGGUGAACCAACCAAGCGUAAUGCAAGCACCGACGUACUGAGAGGAAGUCCAGGUCCUCCCAUCAACGGUGAUGACCACACUGAUGACGAACGAAGCACCAAUGGAGAUUCCACAGCACCAACAUUGGUAGCUGAGAAUGGUGUACGGGGGUCGGUGGCUGACCAAACGGUUGAGAAGCCUUCACAUACCGUAACGCCGGAAGAAGUGAAGAGCGGGAAUGAAGAUGUGAUGACAGAAGAACAAUUGUCACGAUUUAACAACAAGCGACUCUGCGAAAGAUGGCUAGAUAGCUUGUUCAUGGUCCUUUACGAGGAUCUCCGCAUCUACACCAUAUGGCGUACCGAGAUGGCACAGUACCGAGCUCAGCAAAUGCAGUACAAGAAAUCGGCAGAGGAGUGGGAGAUUUUAGGUUCACUCGCUGAACGUUUACAUCACCCAGCUGAAGCAACUGAAGCUUACCGAGCCUGUCUUUCAAUUCGAUUUUCUCCGAAAGCAUUGACUGGCAUUCUCUCCGACUUUGAGAAGGAGAAAGUAACUCGCGAAACAGUGGGAGCAGUGAUCCGAUUGGUCACAUGGCAGUACAGAUGGUAUUCAGAGUUCAGCCCUGAAUUGCUGUACACAAUCCGAACAUUGAUCGAGGAUGAAGGAGCAGUGAAGGUCCGAAGUAUUAUCCAGGCAACAAGCUUACCCCAGAAUGUCCUGGACUUGACACAUCAUUAUGCUGCACUAUGUGCCGCGUUCAGAAGCAGUGGCACGGAAGGAUGA